AUGGUCUAUGAUCACCUCCGUUGUUGGCUUAGCCACGAGCCUAGCGCUGCACUUGGAUUGCAGAUCAUGAUCAAUACCUUCGUGGGAAAAACGGUUACGACGUCGCUUGUGGUGGAUGACAUUCUCGGAGGCGACGUGGAGAAGUCUUUUGUUGGGAAGGCCUGCUAUCAGUGGAACGUUUCGGAGCUUACCUUUCUGGAUUUUGAGGUUGAGGAACUGCUUCUUCAGUUCGACGAUGACACGGAAGCAAACGAUUUCGCGGAUAAGCUGCGACAUGCAAUAAAUGAGUCCGAUGGAGAAAAACCGUACAGCACGAUACGGGCCACUGAGAAGCUUGCCGAUGACCUUGCUGGCUCUAUCAGGGCUAUCAAACCUCUUCGUGAAGAGCUCAAGCUGUGGUAUGCCAGUCUUCCUAUCUAUAUGAAGACACCAAAGAUAGAUGCAGAGAGGGUGGCUCCCGCUGCACCAAGCUCAGCAGCCUGCCUCAAAUUCGCGUACCUUACUCUCGAAAUUCUACUUUACAGGGCUCUGCUUCGGCCACUGGGAAACAUCGAUCUCAUGGAUGUCUCGAAGGCCGUUCCACAGACAGAACACCCUCGUAAUGACUCGCAGGAGAGCAUGACUGGACAAGAACUUGGCGAGAGCCUGCGAAACGAGAUAGAGCUGAUCAUAUGUGCCGCCGAAAACUGUGCAAGGAUUGUCAGCACCUUCACCGUCGAGCUGAUGUCUUGGGACUUUGCUGGCUUCUGGUAUGCUUGUAAGUGA